AUGGUGAUCAGCUCUGAUGACCCAGCGAUCUUUGGUGCCAAAGGCUUGUCCUACCAUUUCUUUGAGGACUUCAUGGGCAUUGGGGGGAUGAAGGCUGACCUGAGGACCCUCAAACAGCUGGCCAUCAACUCUAUCAAGUACAGUAGCCUGUUGGAGAUUGAGAAAAAUACUUUCAUGGCAAUCUGGAAGAAGAGGUGGGAUAAGUUCAUAGCAGAUGUGGCACGGAGUGAGCAGAAACUAGCCAUCCUCCAUGAGCUGCCUUCCCGCACGUGCUGCCACCGCCACUCACCCGUUCUUGAAUCAGCUCCAUGUCCCCAUCAAAUCAAUGACCUGGGUACGGAGCGACCCUGUGAGAAGCACUUGGCUGGCUGACCAGCUUCAUCCUCUGGAACAUUCUCCCUCAGCUGCAGCAGCAUUGACCCUCCUGAUUUUCUCCACUCUGUGUCCAUCGCUUCCAGUUUCCCUACUUCAGAAUCUCCUCCUCUCUGACCUCUGUGCUGUGUCCUCAGGGCUCAGUCCUGGGCUCUCUUCUAUUCUGAUCUUUCUGUUUAAAAAAAUUUUUUUUUGGCUGGACGUGGUGGCUCAUGCCUGUAAUCCAAGCAUUUUGGAGGCCAAGGGGGGCGGAUCACCUGAGGU